UACGACACAUCACGAAAACACAUUAAACAUUUAAAAAAUGGUUGUCUCUAUCGCGGGAUCUUCGGGGUUUAACACAACCGCUGCAUUAUAGUCUCUCCUUCACGUCGUCUCUGUCAAGCACAGAGAUUGUAACAUGGAUUCCGCUGAAGGCAUUAGCGGAGCCACACCCUCAGAGGAGAUGAAUGGAGCUGGAAACCUGAUGGAUUUCCUGGAUGAACCGUUUCCUGAUGUGGGGACAUAUGAGGAUUUCCACACCAUUGACUGGCUGAGGGAAAAAUCCAGAGACACAGACCGACACCGAAAGAUCACCAGUAAGAGUAAAGAGUCCAUCUGGGAACUGAUUAAGAGUCUGCUUGAUGCCUGGUCAGGAUGGGUGGUGAUGCUGCUGAUCGGUCUUCUUUCAGGUACUCUGGCUGGAGUCAUAGACUUGGCCGUGGACUGGAUGACAGACCUGAAGGAGGGUGUGUGUCUGUCUGCGUUCUGGUACAGUCACGAGCAGUGCUGCUGGACAUCAAAUGAGACCACAUUCGAUGACCGUGACAAGUGUCCACAGUGGCAGAAAUGGGCAGAGCUGAUGACCGGUCACUCUGAGGGGGCAGGGCCUUAUCUACUGAACUACUUCCUGUAUAUUCUGUGGGCACUGCUUUUCUCCUUCCUGGCCGUGUCACUAGUGCGAGUCUUUGCUCCGUACGCUUGUGGUUCAGGAAUCCCAGAGAUUAAGACCAUCCUGAGCGGCUUCAUCAUCAGAGGAUACCUGGGUAAAUGGACUCUGCUGAUAAAGACAGUGACUCUGGUUCUAGCUGUGUCCUCAGGCCUCAGUCUGGGUAAAGAGGGUCCUCUGGUCCACGUGGCCUGUUGCUGUGGAAACCUCUUCUGCAGUCUCUUUUCCAAGUACAGCAAGAACGAGGGCAAGCGUCGAGAGGUUCUAUCAGCAGCAGCAGCCGCCGGUGUCUCUGUGGCAUUUGGAGCUCCUAUCGGAGGAGUUCUCUUCAGUCUGGAGGAGGUGAGCUACUAUUUCCCUCUGAAGACUCUGUGGCGCUCUUUUUUCGCUGCACUCGUGGCUGCUUUCACUCUUCGGUCCAUUAAUCCUUUUGGAAACAGCCGACUGGUACUGUUUUAUGUGGAGUACCACACUCCAUGGUACAUGGCGGAGCUGGUACCAUUCAUCCUCCUGGGUGUCUUUGGAGGCCUCUGGGGGAGGCUCUUCAUCCGUGCCAACAUUGCCUGGUGCCGGCGGCGUAAAACCACUCUUCUGGGGAAGUAUCCCGUCCUUGAGGUGAUCGCCGUGACAGGGAUCACGGCAGUGCUGGCGUUUCCAAACCCAUACACACGGCGGAGCACCAGUGAGCUAAUCUCAGAACUGUUCAACGACUGUGGCGCUCUGGAGUCAUCGCAGCUCUGCGACUACAUCAACAACCCCAACAUGAGCCGACCCGUGGACGACAUCCCUGACAGACCCGCUGGUCCAGGAGUCUACACUGCGCUCUGGCAGCUGGCACUGGCGCUGGUCUUCAAGAUCCUUAUCACCAUCUUCACCUUUGGCAUGAAGAUCCCGUCAGGUCUCUUUAUCCCCAGCAUGGCAGUGGGUGCAAUUGCAGGUCGGAUUGUUGGCAUUGCGGUGGAGCAGAUGGCGUAUCACCAUCAUGACUGGAUCAUCUUCAAGAGCUGGUGUCGUCCAGGAGCCGACUGCGUGACCCCAGGGCUUUACGCCAUGGUUGGCGCCGCCGCCUGUCUGGGCGGAGUCACCAGGAUGACGGUGUCCCUGGUGGUCAUCAUGUUUGAGCUGACGGGUGGCCUGGAGUACAUCGUCCCUCUCAUGGCUGCUGCAGUGACCAGUAAGUGGGUCGCUGACGCCUUUGGGAAGGAGGGAAUCUAUGAGUCACACAUCCAGUUGAACGGGUACCCGUACUUGGACGUCAGGGACGAGUUCACGCACCGAACACUUGCCACAGAUGUAAUGAGGCCGAGACGGAACGACCCACCACUGGCGGUGCUCACUCAGGACACAACCACAGUGGAGGACGUGGAGACCCUCAUCAAAGACACGGAUUACAAUGGUUUUCCUGUUGUGGUGUCGAGAGAGUCAGAGCGGCUGAUUGGCUUUGUUCAGCGCCGCGACCUGACGUUGGCCAUCAAAAACGCUCGUCAGAAGCAGGAUGGCGUGGUCAGCAGUUCGGUGGUCUACUUCACAGAGGACGCACCGCAGAUGCAGGCAUCAAAUCCUCAACCGCUGAAGCUACGCCGCAUCCUGAACCUCAGCCCCUUCACCGUCACUGACCACACUCCCAUGGAGACUGUGGUUGAUAUCUUCCGCAAACUUGGUCUCCGCCAGUGUUUGGUCACAAGGAGCGGGCGUCUCUUGGGCAUAAUCACUAAGAAGGACGUGCUGCGUCACAUGGCCCAGAUGAUGAACCAGGACCCAGAGUCCAUCAUGUUUAAUUAGCUUAAGCCCCCCCCCCCCAGCUGUCUCCUGUUGACACUACAGAGUCUGUGGACUGGUGAGAGGUGACGACAACUUCCUGUUUGUUUUGAGGUCAUUUAUUACAUUGUUGCUGCUUUUUAUAUGUUUCUUUAAUAUUUAAAGUUAAACAAAUAAUGAAGCAAAUCACUGUAUACAAGAAAAAAUAAAGUUGCCAACAUUGUGUUAUAUACAUUACAUAGUAUAGUCAGUGCUGGCACGUUAGUUCAUUAAUGUAAAGAGUUGUUUCCUGGAGCAUUACCAUGGUUUUUAAUCAUAAUUAUUAUUUUGAAGUCAGUUCAUCACUGACCUAUAAGGAUGAACUUUGCCUCACAGUAGGAGAGGGGGGUCAGAACGGUACCAUCUGGAGAAGAUCAUCUCAUCACUAAGGUUUUAUUUGGGGGGGGGGGUAUGGAUGAGGAAUUGGACCUCACUAGUUCUUGUGGUUCUGAUAAAGAAACCUUGGGUUUAUUUGUGAUUUUUGCACUUUAGUUGCUGCCAUGUUAAUAUGAAUAGAGAUUUUACCACUGAGGCCAAGCUAACACAUAUUUAUUCUGUUUGUUUUUUUGUUUAUCCUUAAAUGUGAUUUAUUUUUAAAAAUAUUUGAUAUAUGUUAAUCCUAUUGUUUUAUCAGUGGGUUUAUUUUUGUGAUCUUUAAAUGUUUAAAAAUAAAAGACUCAAAACAUG